AUGGUGAAACGUUUAUUGUCUGGUGGCGGAGCUACCAAGGAAGAAGCAAAGCCUGUCAACAAAAGAUGGAUUUUGGAGGACCGGUCUAUCGAUGAAGCCCGUCCUCUGAGAGUUGUGGUCAUUGGGUCAGGUAUCUCCGGAAUCAUAUCCUCCAUUCGAUUCAGACAGAGAAUUCCCAACGUCGACAUCUGUGUAUACGAAAAGAACACAGAUAUUGGAGGCACGUGGUUCGAAAACAGGUAUCCAGGCUGUGCAUGUGAUAUCCCAGCGCACACAUAUCAGGCCACAUUCGAGCCCAACAAGGAAUGGUCGACGUUCUAUGCUGCCGCGCCCGAGAUCCACCGGUACUGGAAGCGCGUGGUCGAGAAAUACGACUGCAUGAAGUAUGUCAAGCUGAAGCAUCAAGUGAGCGGUGCCGUCUGGGAUGAUCAGAGGAGUAAAUGGCAGUUGAAAGUCCAAGAUCUCGACCGUGGCUCAGAGUACUCAGACGAAUGCGAUGUAUUGAUUUCAGCAACCGGGGCUCUAAACUCAUGGAAAUGGCCCAGUAUCCCGGGGUUGCAUGAUUUCAAAGGCAAGUUGUUGCACAGUGCCGAUUGGGAUGAAGGAUAUGACUAUAAUGGCAAACGAGUCGCCGUGAUCGGAAACGGCUCCAGUGGAAUUCAGAUCGUCCCUGGGAUGCUACCCAAAGUCACGCAUAUUGAUCACUAUGUCAGAGGUCGAACGUGGCUCUCGCCCACUUUUGCUCGCCAAGAAAUUGAUAAGCGAGGGGGUGCUGAGCUCGAGAACUUCUCGUUUACUGCUGAAGAAAUCGCGAAUUUCAAGAAGGAUCACAGCUCCUAUCAGAAGUUCCGCAAAGAAAUCGAACUCGAGCUGCAGUCCGUCCACGGAGCGACCCUCCUCGGCACCCCAGAGCAGCUCAUGGCCCGCGAGAUCUUCUUGGAGAACAUGAAGCGACGACUAGCUCGGAAACCCGAGCUCAUCGACAGCAUGAUUCCCUCCUUCCCUCCAAUCUGCCGCCGACUCACUCCCGGACCGGGGUACCUGGAGGCGUUGACAGAUGACAAAGUGGACGUCAUCACAAGUGAAAUCGUCAAGGUCGACGCGGAGGGGAUCAUCACCGCCGAUGGCAAGCAUCAUCCCACGGACGCGAUUGUCUGCGCGACUGGAUUCGACACGAGCUUUACGCCUCGCUUCCCCAUCGUUGGCCGUAACGGCGUUAGCCUAGCGGAGCGGUGGCAGAAGACGCCCGAGACGUAUCUCGCCAUGACAGUUGACGGGUUCCCGAACUACUUUGUCUGUCUCGGGCCGAACGCGGCUCUCGGAGAGGGUAACCUGUUGGUCCUGAUUGAGAAGGAGAUUGACUACUUCACGCUCUGCGUCCAGAAGAUGCAACGUGACAACAUCCGCGCGAUGAGCGUCAAGAGGGAGGCAGUGGAGCAGUUCACCCGAUAUAGCGACCAGUACUUCUCACGGACUGUCUUUAGUGAGAAGUGCCGUAGCUGGUAUAAGGGGGGGACAGAGGAUGGCAGAAUCACAGCCCUGUGGCCCGGCUCCUCGCUUCAUUCAAUGAAGGCAUUUGCGUAUCCCCGAUGGGAAGAUUAUGUCUACGACUAUGUGAAUGAUAACCCGAGCGGUUGGCUUGGAGACGGUUGGACAGAGAACGAGAAGCUCAAGAAGAUCAAUGUGGAUUACCUGGAUGAUAAUGUAGUUGAUUUCCCCACAGCUGUCAUUGCUAGACAAAUCGAGGGUUGA